AUGGGUCUCUCAAUAUCCUCGCUGUUCUCCUCGCUCGCAUCUCUGGUGUCCUGGAGUAAAGACCAGGAUGUCCGAAUACUGAUGCUCGGUCUGGAUUCCGCCGGCAAGACCACCAUUUUGUACCGGUUGCAAAUUGGUGAAGUUGUCUCUACUAUACCAACCAUUGGAUUCAAUGUGGAGACUGUCCAGUACAAAAAUAUUAAAUUCCAAGUAUGGGAUCUAGGGGGACAGUCGAGUAUCCGGCCAUACUGGCGUUGUUAUUUCCCAAAUACUGCAGCGAUCAUCUAUGUGAUUGACUCUUCCGACGCCGCGCGACUGCCCACCUCGCGGUCGGAACUGCUUACUAUGCUAUCCGAGGAAGAGCUGACAGGCGUUCCGCUUCUCGUAUUUUGCAACAAACAAGACGUGGAAGGUGCGCUCAAGCCGGAAGAGAUCAGUGAGCAGCUUGGACUCGCUGGAGGGGAGAAGGAGCGUCAGUGGAGCGUACGAGGCAGCUGUGCGACAAAAGGGGAGGGCCUGGAGGACGGCUUAGACUGGCUUGUGAACGCAAUCCAGAAGAAGUAG